AAUUGGUUGUCAGAUUCUUGAACUGACGAUUAUUCAUAAUUGAGCCGCACCUUGAGAAAACCAACAUAGUGUGUUUGCGACUAGCAUGGAUCCAGACCAACCUGCACAUCCGUGCAGUCUGGUCAGGAUCCAUGCUGUUCGCUAACGGUUGCACUGAUUUCAAUAGGCUUUGAAAGCGAAUAGCAUAGAUCCUGUCCAGACUGCGCGGAUGCGGAGCCUGGUGUGGAUCUAUGCUGGUCGCAAACGCACAAUGUUGGUUUUCUCAUGGUGCGGCUCAAUUAUGUUUUCGUGGUGUCACAUAAAUUCUACAUACAGGUUUUAUUAUUACCAAUAUGAGAUUGCUAAAACUAUCCUUCUGGGUUUUAUUUGAUCAAAUAAAAUAGUAUAUUUAAUCCAUGGACCCAGUACAUUCAAAAAUACCUGACCAUCAAAAUAAUGAAAUUGUUAAAGGGUUUGAGAAUGGCUUGAUACGGUCUUUAUACUGUCUUAUAUUUGGCAGAAAGCAGUAAAAAGCGAAUAAUACUAACGGUAAGACGGUAAGAUACUUAUAAAUACACACUUGUCUAAUGUUAAAAUUAAAUUCAUAUAUGAGCUGCGCCAUGAGAAAACCAACACAGUGCGUUUGCGACCAGCGUGGAUCCAUGCUGUUCGCUAACAGUUUCUCAUAUUCCAAUCGGCUUUGAAAGCGAACAGCAUGGAUCCGGACCAAACUGCGUGGAUGCGCAGGCUGGUCGGGAUCUCUGCUGGUCGCAAACGCUCUAUGUUGGUUUUCUCAUGAUGCGGCUCAUAUUAUUCUGAUAUACUAAAUGUCUGAAACUGAAACUUUCUGGAAUAGAAACGUUUUCUGCCGUGAUAUAUGAUAUACAAAAUGAAUUUGUGAAAUAAGUACUUGUUAGCCACAAGUCAUACAUUUCGUCACAGGAUAAAAACAUAAUUACCUACUGAACAACUGUAUAAAACAAACGAUUGAAAAGCUGGAUAUAAACAAAGUUAUUUUCGCGAUUCUGUGUUCCCAAAAGAUUGUUACCAUAUCUUGUCAACAUGAGUUUUAAAAAAAUAAAACAAGUGAACAAUAGAGCGAUUUCUUGUACUGUAAAUUCAUUGUAAAGAUGGAAAAGAAUGUCAGCGACUGUUGCAAUGAAAAGCCUUUUGAAAACACCCUUGAUAAUAAUUUACAGGCUGACUUAAAUGAUAUUGAAGAAAACACAGAUGGAGUGGAUAUAUUUGUGAGUAAAGAAGAAAAUGAUGGGAUACCCAAAGACGGCGGAUGGGCAUGGUUUGUGUUGUUGGGUGCAUCUCUUGAAAUGUUUCUGCUAGUUGGUAUCGUCAAGUCGUCUGGAAUUUUGUUUGUCGCCUUCCAAGAAAGGUUUUCUUCAAGCUCUUCAGUGACGUCAUUGCUAUCAACAGUACAGAACAUAUGUCAAAGUGUUAUUGCUCUUCUUGUGAUGACAUGUGGGAUCAAGUUUACGACUUGUCGUGCUCUCCUGUUUGUUGGCAGCAUUAUCACAUGUAUUGCAUAUAUUAUAACAUCACAAGCUACAGAUAUACGACUGCUGCUCUUUUCUCAUGGCGUUCUUCAAGGUGUUGGGGCUGGAUUUAUGCAACCGACAGCACUAACAAUGGUAAGCCUUUAUUUCGAGAAAAGGCGAGGUUUGGCUAACAGCAUUGCAGUGAGCGGUGGUCCUGUAGGUGGGUUAUUAUUCGCCCCACUAAUAACAAAGCUGUUAUCAGCGUAUGGCUAUCAAGGAUGUGUGCUAGUCUUAGCUGGCAUUUUGCUGAACGGUUGUGUCAGUGGUGCAUUAUUUAGACCAAUAUUGUUCUAUAAACAACACAAAAUAAAUGAAGAUGGACAAGAAAUGCAGACAUUAUUUCCCUUUGAAGAUACCGUUGACAACAAGCCUAUCAUUGAAACACUUAAUACAAAUGGAAUUGAAGAUACGGCUCAAAUGGGGCACACUCCAGUAAUUUCGGUAUCUGAACAUAUUGAAAUUCGAUCUUGUAGUGCUACACACAAUUUCCAAACAAACACAGAAGAACAAGGACUAGGAAGUUAUGGCGCAGACUAUUUACCACAAGAGGAAAAAAGAUCACCUGUUCUAAAUGAACAUAUAAAAAGUGAACCAUACAAUCAUGCAGUCUUCUGUAGCUCUAAAAUCGCAAACAUGUCUGACCUAAAAAGCUCUCAUCUAAAUAUAUCUUCUUUAGAAAAUAAUAUCUCUCGGAAAACAAAGCCGUAUCAAAGUAUUGGCGAGGAUGCGUUUUCAGAAAACUGUGUCAGAGAAACAGAGGUAAAUGGAAACGGACAAGGUGAAGCUAUGCGUGUACGGGACGACAAAAUUAAAGCAGUUUUGCAUAAUCUUUCUGAAUCUUGCAACAUCAAAUUACUAACCAAUCCGGUAUUUUAUGCUUUUCUUAUACAAGGGAGUUUGAUAUGCUCGGGGACUGUAGUGGCACCGAUCUUUAUUGCACCAUAUGCAAAAGACAUAGGCGAAACCAUUGAAGACGCUGCGACGUUAGUAACUACACAAAGUUGUGUAGAUCUGUUUUCACGUAUUAUAAUAGGGUAUAUCUCGGAUAAGGGUUGGCUUCGACGAUCUACAAUUGUUGCCAUAGCAACUAUGAUUGUCUCGUUGUCAUCAAGUUUACUACGAUUUUAUACGAAUUACACAAUGCUUUUAGGAUAUUCUAUAGUGUUAGGACUUGUGUCAGGAGUAUAUUUUUCCCUAUUCCCCGUGAUUUUAAUAGACUAUCUGACACUCGCCAACUUUCAGACAUGCCUCGGAUUUAUGGCGCUUGUACAUGGAUUUUCGGUUGCAGGUGCAUUUUAUUUAGUCGGCUACUUGAGAGACAUUUCUGGCUCCUACGUCAUUCCUCAUCACGUGAUCGGCGCAGCAACCGGUGUGGGCACCAUAAUUUUAUUCUUAUUGCCAAAGAUACAGCGUCGUUUGCAGUAAUUACGUUGACAUUUUGCAUACUCAUCGAUGGACUAUCAACGACAGAAACUGUGAAAUUCUUUUCGAGUUGUUAAAUUCCAAAGUUGUUUUAGUAAAUGCUUUGUUUUCUGUU